GUAACCCUGCAAAAACGAUGAGGCGGAUGAGGUUAUAAAAUGACAGAUAGGUUACAACAUUGGAUGUAAAAUGGUCAAACAUAUUUGAAUUGAAACAGUUCUAGAGGAUGUUAGACAUAAUAACAAUAUAUUAGAAAAUAUUUAAAACUUUUCGUUUAUUGUAUCUAUCACGAAGUGUUGAAAAUGGAUUUCCAAAAUAGACCCGGAGGUAAAACCGGAGGAGGUGGCGUGGCCUCUUGGUCAGAAACAAAUCGGGACCGAAGAGAAAGGCUGAGACAGCUAGCUUUGGAGACCAUCGACUUGCAAAAGGAUCCUUAUUUUAUGAAAAAUCACUUGGGAUCUUAUGAAUGUAAACUUUGUUUAACACUACAUAACAACGAGGGAAGCUAUUUGGCCCAUACUCAGGGCAAAAAACAUCAAGCCAAUUUGGCAAGACGAGCAGCCAAAGAAGCUAAAGAUUCGCCGUCUCUUUUACAACCUGAAAAACCAAGAGUUGAACCCAAGAAAUUUGUGAAGAUUGGAAGACCUGGUUAUCGGGUUACAAAACAGAGAGACCCUGAAAAUGGACAACAGAGCUUGUUGUUUCAAAUUGACUAUCCAGAAAUCAAUGAUAUGGUUUUGCCUCGUCAUCGAUUUAUGUCUGCUUAUGAACAAAAAAUUGAACCUCCAGAUCGUAAGUGGCAAUAUUUACUGUUUGCAGCUGAACCAUAUGAAACCAUAGCCUUCAAAGUACCAAGUCGAGAAGUUGAAAAAACCGACACAAAAUUUUGGACACACUGGAAUAAGGACACCAAACAAUUUUUCUUGCAAUUUGCUUUCAAGAAUGAAAACAAGAGAACUGCUAAUACCAUUGUUCAACGACAUACCAUAAUGGGUGCUGUUCCUCCUCCUCCAAUGUUACCGGUACCUCCACCUCCUAGGCCACCGAUGUUUAAUCCUAUUCCUCCACCACCACCAAUAAUGAGGGCUGUUUUGCCAGUACCGCCACCUCAUCACCACCAUCCUCAUCAUCAUUAGUGUUUAAA